GAGUCGCGGCGAGUCGGUCGAACAGUCUCGAGCCUCGCGCCGAACGUUAAAGAUCGAUCGGGAGUAUCUUUGGUGCGGCGAGUGUCAUCCUGCCGAUAAUAUCAGAAAAAAGCGCGAUAGUUUAAUAACGAAACAAACGAAAUUGUCAUCGGGCGCCGGUGCAUGCAAGUUAAUCGACGAAAUGUAACUGUGAGAUGAUGAAACAAUGCUGAAAACGUAUUUAACUGUGUUCCAAAAGUGAUUGGAUUAAAAAAUACGAAAUAUUGGAUAUCAAACGAAAGUUUUUAAAAAACUUGAUCCCAUGGACUGGCGGGGUGCCACGCUGACGUUACUACUGGUGACGCUGGCCAGGCACGAGACGACACACGCAGCUCAAAUACCUCCACUUCCUACGUCUACCGUAGCUAUAGCGAGCACUGUACAAAUCGAGUGUGCGAGGGAGUCGAUCAUCGUCCACAUUUCGACCGAGGCUAACACGCAUUUUCACGGUCUCGUGUACCCUCGAGGCUUAUCAAAGAACAGCUCAUGUCUGCAAGAAUUCAGAAGUCAGCCGGCACCGAUAACCUAUCAUCUGCCAUUGAGAUCGUGCAAUACGAUGCCCACGGAAUUGGAUGACGGGGGUAUCGAAUACUUCAACACGAUUGUCGUCCAGCCCCAUUUGAAGCUCGUGACGAAUCAAGGUAGAGGUUUCCACGUCAGGUGCCGCUAUCAGACUCGAGACAAAGUCGUAACGAACGAUCAGACACGAGUAGCUAUGCUGCAAUCUUUGCCACUUCAGGCGACGGCACCGAUGCCGGGGUGUACGAUGAAAAUAUUCAGCGGUGAUCCAACGAGACACCACGUUGCCGAGAACGUCAAAAUUGGCGAUCCCUUGAGUCUCGUUAUCAGUAUCGACAAACAAGAAAUGUUUGGACUCAUGAUUUCGGACUGCAUCGUAAGGGACGGCCUCGGUUGGGGCGAACAACGUCUCAUCAAUGACGAGGGUUGUCCAGUCGAUGGAGAAAUAAUGGGUCAGUUCGACUACAGCGAAGACAACACAAGGGCCCAAGUUAACUUCCAGGCUCACAAGUUUCCGUACACAGCGAGCGUCUACUAUCAGUGUAACGUCAGACUUUGCGUGAAACACGGUGGAGGAUGUGCCAACACGCCCCCAUUGUGCAACGAAGUUGCGAGACGUCGAAGAGAGGCGACUGGUCGUGCCCUUGCGGAGAAGGAAGGAACGACCUUGGACGGUGAAACCCCAGCGACGAUUGAAGUCUACAGCGGACUUUACGUCAACGAAGCCUCCGACCUGGCCGGCAAAUCCGACUUUUCUGACGAUGUCUUCAGAGAAAGGACUAUUGACGAUGCCGAUAGUAUUUGCAUAUCGCAGAGAAGCUUCGCCAUAGGAAUAGCGAUCGCCGGUUUGAUACUGAUGCUCGCAGUCGUUGCCGCAAUUUUGGUUCUACUCGCAAAGAGACGACACAAGAGCAUCUCAACGACAGGAUCAUCGAUUUACAGCGGUCCAUACACGAAUACUGCCUACAGUCACAGUAGUUAAGGAAAAACGUUGCGAAAGCAGGACAAAGAGCUUGUUCGAUGCGAAUUCGAUCGAACGACAACGUUACUCAUUAUCUUUCUCUACCUCUCGAAGAUCGUAGAUAGUAUCGAAGAAACACGUGGUGACAAAAGAGUUCUACCGAUCGUGGAAGUCAUGAAAAAAUUCCCCGAGGAAGACUAAAAAUCUUCUAGUCUUUUUUCUCGAGGUUUCUUUUUCUUUUAAAACUUCAUUAUUUUUGCUCAACUGCCGGUAGUUAGUGACCUACGAUCGAGUGAGACUCGCGAUCUACGCUAGCGAACAAGAGAUUUUCAUGAGAGGAAGGAAAAAAAGCUAAACGCUCGAGCUCUGAAUCUCGCCGAGAGAUCGCGAGAAGGCUUUUAACCCCCGUAGUUACUUUUUUUCACGGCUCUUCCAAAUUGUCUUUUUCCGAGGAUAGACGAGGACGAUUCCGAACGAACGUCUGGUUACUUCGGAAUAUUCAGUUGGGAGCGCGGAAAGCUUGAUUCAAAUUUAAGUAAACGAAGAGUCAAUUUUUUCACACCGUGUGUCAGUUAAAAAAUUAUAGCCAAUUUUUACCGAGGCUUUCGCGUAACACGACAUGAAUUUUACUUUUUAAAACACCCCUCAAAAAUUACAACCUCCUUGCAGGGACGAUACGACCCCCGAAACGUAAAUUCUCAUACAACUCCUUAUAGGAACGUUCAGAGAAACGAUUUCACUAUGAAAAAUUGUUUUUCAAUCAAUAUUUUUAUACUCUUGCCGCAAGUAGGCGAACACUUUACAGAAAACUCUUUUAAAAAAAGCAACGAAACAUGAUGCAACGUCCCGUCGUACACCAAGACAAUAUUCGCCAUUCCCCGAAUCGUCCUUAAAAACCAACCAUUUAUGAAGACUUUUUCUCUUUCUCUGAAUUGAGUUAUUAAUCAAGCGUCAACGUUUAUAAUACCCGCUCAGAUCCACGUUCGGAUCCCGAGCAAUCAAUAGUAUAUAUAUACAUGUAUGUACUGUAUACUAGUCCGGUAUACGCUGUCCUAAUUUAUAACACCUAUACCUGUCGUGGACUUUCAGCCGCGCGUCAAAGUAUCGCGCGUUUUCCAAACGUGCACGCAAUCUUAGACCCCGUAUAACAAGCAAAACAAACAAACAAACAAACCGAAACAAGCGAACCCUUCAUAAACUUGUAAACUCAUGUAGUCUUUAGGUCUCGAGUCAACGACUCUUUAUCGUCAAUCAAACUUUUUAUUUACAAAUCUAAAAACGAAAGGAAAAAUCUGUCCUCCGCGUGUCCUUGGUUUUUCCGAAUAUGUUUAUAGACGAUACCAGUGCUGGCAGGAAUCUGGUAAUAUGAGCGAUUUUAUGAGCGAGAAGAAGAAGUGUGAAACGUCGGAAAUUUCGAGGAAUUUUAAAUGUUAGCCUGCAACGAAAAUUUGAAAUUGACGAAAUUUCACGAGAACACGGAUCGACGGGAGGACAUUUUAUUGAAAUCAAAUAAUAUUCUCGUGUUUGCUAUUGUUAUUAAUUUAUAUUACGAAGAAUCUGCUAUUGUUCGAACGUACUCGAAAAAAAAUAAUCGGAUAACGGUUCGAAAGGUUGUUUCAUCUCUAUUAGUUUGACGUUACGAAUGAGUAGGGAAAUAUUGAAAAGGUUACACAUGAUUGGUGCUACCCAGAUUCUGUUACUCUUGAUGAUGCGAUAAUCCGUAAUUUCCAACGGAAUUAUUGACCAUUGAAAUAUAUCAUAUUUUCUAAAUUCGGGUGGAUAAAGUCAUCGGAGAAGAGAGAACGAGAAAGAGUUUUAUCAUCGAGAGUACAGACGUCCCAACAGUCUUGAAUAGCAUCGCGAACAAUUAGUUUGUUAAGGUGGAAACGAAGAACAUACUGAUAACGAAAAAAAUGGGAUACUGGAAAAACUGUAAAAUGACGACUUAUGCGACACGAGAUCUGUUAAUUUGGGGUUCUCGCGACUUGGUGGUGGGUUUAUUAUCGAGAAGGCUACGAGAUAAAUGAUUUUGUUUUUAAUGCAAACACAGAAGAAGAGGCGAGAGAAACAACCGUAACUGGUAUAAUUUAUAAAAUCAAAUAAAUUAAUAACGUUAAUGUAGAGAGCGCUGAUUCCAAGUGGUCGUUCGAAGCGAAACGCUUCUGCCGAACGACGACACUCUCUAAAAAGGAAGCAAAAACGUUGAGUCGUGUAACGGCCUUGGACAAGGUUCGCAUCAUCUUUUCUUCCAAGUCUUGAAAGAAAAUAUGAAGACAGCCUUAGAUUUCGUAGAACAUUUUUUAUGAAAGAUGGGGUGUCGUCGUUUGUUUGGUAAACGCCAACAAAAUGUUUGAAUGAAUAUGUCAUUUCAACCGACUUUUCACGGCGUGUUGGCACUGGUUCACAGUGACAUUGGGGAUCACUAACCGAUUACCUAUACUUUUUUCUACAAUGUUUUAUGAUCCUACUGUACUAUGAUCCCGCAACGAUGCUCUGGACCCUUGUCAGCUCCAUCCAAUACGAAACUGUAUAUAUAUGAUAAUGAAUUAUUAAUAAAACAAAAAAACGAAUAUGACAGCAGAAA